AUGGCUCCCCAUUCCAGCGCUCCGACCCCGAAGCUCAUGGACGAGAGCCCGCCAGCGUACAACGACGGCGCGGACGACUGCACCCGGCCGCAAGGCAAUGUCCCCGACGACGUCGACCUCGCUGCCUCCUUUGCGAAGCUUACUCUAGGAAACCAGCCCAAGGACCCCGAUGCCGAUACAUGCCUUGCUCACCUGAAGCUCCUCCAUGCGAUCCAGAGCAUGAAGGAGGACGUCGGCUACACAGAUGGCCUGUGGGGUAUCUGGGAUUCCCGAGCGGAGAACCCGCUCGAAGACUUGUUCGGUACACAAGGGCCUGCGCCUGGCGCCGACGAACCCGUGCCUACCGGGGAAGACCGUGUCAAGGCCGCGCUCAGCAGGAUCCGCGAGAAGCGCUGGGCCCUGUUCGUCGCCCGCGCCGUGGACAGAUACGAGUCGUGGUGGCGGAGCCUCCCCAAGGGAUACAUGCUGACCGAGCAAGACAUGGAACAAGAGGGCAACACUCGGUAUAGCAGGUUUCCGUCGACGGGUGCGCUCAUUGACUGGAAGGAACACAUGCUACCACCUCUGGACGUCCUCAUGGUCUUCCACGCCCACAUGCUCAACCCCCGAGCCUUUCUGGAAGACUCAAUGCGCCACGGAAUGGGUACCAUCUGGACCGCCGGUAUGCCGUGGAAGCUGGUCAACGACUCCAUAGAUACCAGGUUCAACUACAACGUGCCCGACUCGGCCAAGGCGCGCUGGGUGGAGAGCACGAACCGUGCGUGGGCGAGUCAGGAGGACUCGAUGACCAAGUCUCUCAAUUGCGCUUUCUGCAAACACGCGUUUUCUGCGCCGUGGACGACAUGCGGGAGAAGCGAGCAAGCGAAAACUGACACACUUCCAGGACUUGUUGGGAAUGGCUACGGAGAUGGCAACUUCAGCCACAACUGCGAGAACUGUGGCUUACAGAACUACAAGGAGCUUCUCUCUGUAUCCAAGUUUGUCCAAGACUCUGCGUUACUUCUUAGCCGGUCCGUCCCGAUGCCCGGCACCAUCCUCGACCCUCAAACCGGCCGGCCGGAGCGUGUUCCGGAAGAACCGAGAUCUCUCUCCUUCCCUCGCACCUUUCCCAACAGGAUGAUUAGACUGGAUCUUCGAAUCAAGAUCAUGGAGCUCAUACGACCGGACGGUGACUUACAUCCGACCAUGGAAACGGUCCGUAGCAUGGUCGAGUCGGUGGUCGGCAGCGACGACCGCGUCCGCAAGAUCGACUCCGUGUCGGCCUUCCGGAGCCGAUACAAACCGCGCAUCCAGGCAAAGGUAUCCGUACGCCAGAUGAUGAGCAGGUACUGGGAGAACUUCUCGUCAUUUGCGCUCGACCUGAGCGGCGCAGUUAUCCGUCAAGGCGUCUUCAUCGACAAGAUGGUCAAGCUCGACUGGCUACAUGCCCCGUCGGCACGAGAGACGAUGCAGCGCCUCAUCAAAAAGUACAAACGUUUCAUCACAAUUAUGCACCUGAACCCGACGCAUGUUGCUGUCCCGACCCUGGACGUCGACCUGGCAUGGCACACGCACCAACUCUCUCCCAUUGCGUACUAUCAUCACACCGUUGAGCUCUCCAGCAAGUUCAUCGACCACAAUGACAAGAUGGACGAGAGCAAACUGAGCGCUGCAUUCGAAUGGACCAGCAAGAAGUACCAGGAGAUGUUUAAUGAAGUAUACAGCGAAUGCACCUGCUGGUACUGCGAGACCCUUCGAUCGGCGAUGGUCUCGUCCGUAGGCAAGUUCCUAGGCUCGAGAGACCAAAAGAUAGCCGACGAGUUCCACAGCUCGGGAGCCGCGAAGCUCUGCCCGCCUGACAAUUCAGCCCACAUCUCCGCGCACAACGCUGUACGCUCCAUUGAGACGGUCGAACGGCAGCGGGUCUCAAGCUACCUGCGGGCUCGGCACCAGGAGAAGCUUGACCGGAACUACGAGCGGGCCCAGAAGCGCGCGCAGAAGAAGGGCCGUGAACUGCCGCCGAAGGACGAAUACUAUAACCACUGGGGUUACAGCUACUACAUGUACUCCCCUUUCAUGUUUCCGUACUACUAUGCGCCGGGCCUGGGGGCGCGUGCGGCGGCGCCGGUGGUUGUGGAGGAGCAGGAGGCUGUGGAGGAGGAGGUGGUUGCGGAGGAGGAGGAGGAGGUUGUGGUGGAGGCGGCGGCGGAGGCUGCGGAGGCGGCGGCGGCGGCGGCUGCUGAAAGCACCACGUCGUGA